AUGAAUCAAAAUCCACAAAACUACUUCGCCGAUAUCGAGCAAGCCGCGUUCCCGCCCUCCACAAUGAUUCCCGGAAUCGCUGCGUCUGCUGAUCCAGUGCUACAAGCACGACUCUUCGCAUACUCUGAUGCAGCUCGCUACCGCCUCGGUGUCAACUACCAGCAACUCCCCACCAACGCCGCGAAUGUGCAAGUCUACUGUCCCUUCCAGCGUGACGGAGCUAUGCGGUUUGACGAUAACUACGAUGGCGACCCCAACUAUGUUGGCUCCUCGAUCAAACCCACCAAGUUCUACCAAGACGAGAAGGGAAUUAGCGCUUCUGCGCUGGCUUUACACACCGGACACGAAAAGUGGGCGGGAGAGGUAUCCUCCUACACCAGCGAGAUCACCAACGAUGAUUUCGUUCAGCCCGCAGCAUUGUGGGAGGUUAUUGGCUGCCAGCCUGGUCACCAGGAUAGGGUCAUUGAGAACCUCGUCGGCAAUAUCAAGAGUGUUAAGUACCCAGGAUUGCGGAAACCUGUCUAUAGCCUCUUCGGACGUGUCAACAAGGGCCUCGGUUCUAAGUUGCAGCAGCGCACAGAAGCAGCGAUCCAGGUUGCGUAG